UAGCACAAAAGGUAAACUUAAAGUCCUUAAAGUUAACAAAAGUGAAAAUAAAAGUGGUGGGAAGUUUAAAAUUAAAAAGAAGAAGAAGAAAACUUAAAACUUUCUCCACGCUUUGUGUCCUUUGCGCAUUUUCUGCAACAAAAACCAGGAAAAUUUGUGAUUACGCAACAAUGGGAUAUCCUUCGGAGGACAUGGAAGCCAGCUGUGAUGAGGAAAUGAUGGAAAAUGAGGAGAAUGUGGACGAGUGUGAUGAAGAAAUGUCCCAAGAGACGGAAAAUUCCGCAGGAUCUGGCGACUCAGCAGCUGCAUCAUCCAACGAAGAAGAUAUUGAGCAACGAUCUCGUGAAAUUCUGAGGGAUAUUCAGACCAGUUCCGAUGAUAGAACGCAGUUGAUUUGGGAGAAAUGUGUCAGAAAUUCAGGGAAACAUCCGGAAAUGCCGCCAUUGAGCAUUUUCCGGUGUAUGGGAGUGUUAAAUGGUGUGCAGUUUGAGAAGCUGGAUUGGCUGCUGCAGGACACGGAGAGCAAAAGUCUCACAUUGAUGAAAGUUCGUGGGGAAGCAAUACAGAAUACUACUCCACUGAUGAAGAUCCACGUCUUUAAGGAUCAAAUUCAGAUGCUGAAGUUCUUGUACGUCGCUAAAGUCAAUGAGAGUGGACAGCUGGAGAGAGCCCAUGAAGCAAUAAUUAUUUCCACAAAGAGCUGUCACGCUGAAAUGGUCAGUAUUAAUGGGGAAAUGUUUCAGUACAUUGAAUCCUUCAAGGGAGUGCCGGAACACGCGCAGAAGAUACGUAAUUCCCUCAAUGAGUUGAUUGAUGCCAUUGCCAUUGAGAAGAAGUCUCUGCCAGUGCUGAAGAAGGAACUCCGGGAUCAGAGAGCAGCUGAUCUCAAGGGAGAUUCCCACAAUUGUGUCUUGAAGAAACGCCAAUGUGAGGAACAGGAUCUUACAGAUAAAGUGGGAUAUCUGAAGGACACCCUCUGGAAGCGUCGUGCUCAUUUGAAGAAAUUAGCAACGAACACCAAAUCCAGGGAGCUUCAGACUGAUAUUGCCAAGUUGGAGGAGGUGUGGAAAGCCAUGGAGGAGGAGAAUGAGAAAAUGCGUCAAAUGAUGAAGGAUACCUGCGGGAUGGAGAAGGAAGAACUCCUGAAGGAAAUUGCACGGAAAGAGGAGAUUGCUGAGAAGGAUUUCAAUGAGCUUCACGAGGAAAUCAUCAAUGCGAAUGAAAAUUUCUUCAUUGAGGAAGAAUGUCUCCUUGAUAAGGCAGAACAGCAGAACCUGGUGAAGGAGAAGCUUGCAGCAGAAGUUGAGGAGCUCGAGAGAGAUUACAAAGCCUAUGAGAAUGGCUUGAAGAGGUUGAAUGAUCUGGAGAAGCAGAUGGCGUUAAUUGAGUUCCAGAAUAGGGAGCUGUCUGAGAAGAAUUCCAGGCAGCGAGAGAUUCGGGAAAGUCCCCGCAGCCGUAAGAGGUGCCUCUCUUCGGGAUCCUCAGAGGAUUCUCUGAUGACUCCACGUCUCCGUACUACACCAACCAGGGAUAGAGAUAUCUUCAAAGUUCCUCGCUCUCAGUCGAGCCGAUCAGUAAAGAGCUCAAGAUUGGAUAAAUACCACAAGUAG